AUGGCCACUAUCAAACAGAUUGAUGGCCGCACUGUCCAUCAAAUUCAAUCCGGGCAGGUCAUUGUUGACCUGUGUUCUGUAGUCAAAGAGCUGGUUGAGAACAGCGUCGACUCUGGGGCAACAAUCAUAGAUGUCCGUUUCAAGAACCAAGGCCUCGAUUCGAUCGAGGUUCAAGACAAUGGAUCUGGAAUCUCACCCGCCAACUACAGCUCUGUCGCUCUGAAGCACCACACGUCAAAGCUUUCUUCCUAUUCUGACAUAGAAUCGCUUCAGACGUUCGGAUUUCGCGGCGAAGCUUUAGCAUCCCUAUGCGCUCUAUCCAUCCUCACCGUGACAACAUGUCUAGAGGAACAUGUCCCUAAAGGCUCCCGGUUAACGUUCCACCAGUCGGGAGAGCUGGAGGGGACGACCGUCGUUGCCGCCCAGCGAGGGACCACCGUCACAGUGGAAAACUUGUUCCACAACCUCCCCGUCCGGCGCCGAGAACUUGACCGUAACAUCAAGCGAGAAUGGCACAAGGUUAUUGCUCUACUUAAUCAGUACGCGUGCAUCUUAACGAAUGUGAAAUUCUCUGUAUCUCAGCAACCGACAAAGGGCAAGCGCAUCAUACUCUUCUCCACCAAAGGCAACCCGAGCACUCGUGACAACAUCAUCAACAUUUUCGGCGCCAAAACGCUGGCGGCGUUGAUACCUCUCGAUUUGCACCUGGAACUCCAACCGUCGGGUACUCGGCCUGACUUACGAAUCGGUGAGAAGGCGACACCCAGCAGCCAUGAUGUCCGUGUUGUUGGUCAUGUGUCGAAGCCUGUCCAUGGUGAGGGCAGGCAAACGCCGGAUCGCCAAAUGUUUUUCGUCAAUGGCCGACCCUGCUCGCUGCCCCAGCUAGCCAAAGUGUUCAACGAGGUCUAUCGAUCGUAUAACAACUCUCAGUCGCCUUUCAUUUUCGCCGAUGUCCAGCUGGAUACGAUGCUCUACGACGUGAAUGUGAGCCCUGAUAAGCGGUCUAUAUUAUUACACGAUCAAAAUACCCUCCUCGACACACUCCGCGUCUCCUUGUCCCAACUGUUUGAUACGCAGGAAGACAGUAUAUCGAUUGCGACAUCUACUCAGGGUACGAAGGUGCAGACUUCCCAUGACAAACUCAUCAAACCCGGACAACUUGCUCGGCUGUUCGACAAGGCAGCAUCUCAGUCUAGGUCUGAAUCCCCGCCUCCUUCUGUGGUAGACCCCGCCCGCGGUUCUGAAGAUACCACGUCCAAUUCUACGGAAGACAGCCAGGGAUCAAGAGAGGACGAUGGAACUCCGCCAGCAUCACGGUCAGCGAUGAAGCGGUCGCGAGGUGAUAAGCUAGAGAAGCCUCGCAUCAAGGAGGAGGAUGAUGAUAAUGACGAGGAAGACGAGGAUAUGGACUCGGCUCCUGAGAUUGAUGACGGGUCAUCCUCAGACACAAGAGAUCCGGAGACUCCUCGUUGGAAGACUGUUCUGAUGGAUCGUGCCCCUUCUCGGGAGGAUUCGUUAGCCGUUUCCAGCGCCAGCAGAGGCUCAGGUCCAUCUCGCAGACUAUUGAACUCCAUCUUCACCGGACACGCAGAGCUAGCCGAUUCUUCCACAUCCGCUGCUCCCGAAGAUGUCGUCGUGACUAUAGGCAGCAACGAUGUACCUGACGCGAUACCGCCUGCGCGAACAGUGAGCAGCCCUUCCAUUGCUUCGGACGUGGAAGAACAAGCUUCGGAGCCUGAAGAGCUGCCUCCAACAUCCACCAGAUCCGGGAAAGCAAAGACGUUUCUACUUGCUUCCGAACUCCUCAGCCGAAAGACUGAGCCAGUUAUGCCACAAGCUCCGUCAACUGUACCGAACAACAUCAAAGCCACACACAACGACGUUCCUGCCAGGCAAUCAGUACAUGCCAUGCAGCCUCACGAGACAGAAACAGAACCUGGCGUAAGCCGCAUCAGUCCUACAAUAUCAUCUCUCAAUAGCGGUUUUACGGCUAGUGCAGCAAAUGCAAGCGUCUAUCCGUUGGAGUCGACUUUACAGCCCUCGAAAGCUGCACGACGCAAAGAUGCCACGACGUGUUUGAUACAGAACCUACAUGUAGGCAAGGCAAAGCUCCGCAAAAUGCUCCGAGAUGUACAUCCUCGUCGUCAGAGUCGCAUGCCUGAUUCUUCGGCGCGAGGUACCUCUACUGUCGAGCGGAUCGACGCCAGCGACGCAGAGUCUAAGCUUCCUCUCAUUAUCUCAAAGGGGGACUUUUCUCGAAUGAGGAUUAUCGGCCAGUUCAAUCUUGGGUUUAUCAUAGCCGUGAAACCCGCCAACCACACGAGCUCUGGCACUGAAGCGAAGCAUGAUGAGCUCUUCAUCAUCGACCAGCAUGCAUCUGAUGAGAAGUACAACUAUGAGCGGCUCCAGAGGACCACUGAGAUACAGUCUCAGCGACUUGUCCACCCCAAGAGGCUUCAGCUGACGGCCCUCGAAGAAGAGAUAAUCCUGGAGAACGCGGCCGCCCUGAACGCAAACGGGUUCAAAGUCGAGACCGAUACAUCAGGACGCUUCCCUGUAGGGGCGCGAUGCCAGUUGACAUCAUUACCCCUGAGCCGCGAAGUGACGUUCAAACUAGAGGAUCUUGAGGAACUUAUCUCUCUCUUGGGCGACAAAUUUUCCGAGUCCACAUAUAUACCCCGUCCAUCCAAAGUACGAAAGAUGCUUGCAAUGAGAGCAUGCCGAAGCAGCAUCAUGAUUGGCAAGGCCAUGACGAGAAGCCAGAUGUAUACUCUUGUCAACCACAUGGGAGAGUUGGACAAGCCGUGGAACUGCCCUCAUGGACGCCCAACACUACGACACUUGAGCCGUCUGCAGGCAUGGAAAGGAGUAGGUUGGGCGCAUGAUGUACGGCCCGAUUCGAUCGAGACCUGGCGUGAUUAUGUAGGUGAGGAGAAAUGA